CCGCACGCAUACGCCAUGGCUGCACCACUUUCACGAUCACGUUGCUUGUUUUCCUCUGGUGGUCUUCAAACAGCAGCCUCCCGAACCGUAGCACCACGCUCUCAAAGCGCCCGCAGGUUCGCCACUACCAUCGAUUCCUCGUCUCCAUCCCAACAACCUCCGACACAGCAAAACCCCUCGUCACAUCGUCCCACAACCACCUUCCGCGAUAAACUCAAUGCUGGACCCUCAUUUGGUGACUUUGUGAAUCCCAAUGCACCCCUCCCCGCUGCAGAUGCCUACGAAAUCAAAACCGCAACCGUCGGCCCCGAAGGCCGCAAAAAAACAAUCACCCGGUUACCAGAAUGGCUCAAGACCCCCAUCCCCUCCGGCAACGAGAAUUACAAGAAAAUCAAGAACGAUCUCCGAGGGUUGAACCUACACACAGUAUGCGAGGAAGCGCGGUGUCCCAACAUCAACGACUGCUGGGGCGGUAGUUCCAAGAGCGCCGCAACCGCAACCAUAAUGCUCAUGGGCGACACAUGCACAAGAGGGUGCCGCUUCUGCUCAGUCAAAACCUCUCGGACACCUGCUCCCUUGGACCCGCACGAGCCGGAGAACACAGCCGAAGCGCUCAAGAGGUGGGGGUUGGGCUACGUCGUCUUGACAGCUGUAGACCGAGACGACCUUUCCGACGGCGGCGCGCACCACUGGGCGGAAACCGUUAUCAAGAUCAAGCAAAAGGCGCCGCAGAUGCUCGUCGAAACACUGACGGGCGACUUCUGGGGCGACAUGGACAUGGUCAAGGUCGUGGCGCGCUCCGGCAUGGAUGUGUUUGCGCACAACAUCGAAACCGUGGAAGCCCUCACGCCGUUUGUGCGAGACAGGCGCGCGACGUUCCGGAACAGUCUAGAGGUCCUGCGUGUAGCCAAGGAGACGACGCCAGACCUCAUCACCAAGACGAGCAUCAUGCUUGGACUGGGCGAGACGGACGACCAGAUCUUGGAUGCUCUGCGUGAACUCCGCAAAAACCAAGUCGACGUCGUCACCUUUGGCCAAUACAUGCGUCCCACGCGCCGCCACAUGGCUGUCACUUCUUACAUCACGCCGGACAAGUUCGAAGAAUGGCGCCAGCGCGCCCUCGACAUGGGGUUCUUGUACUGCGCUUCCGGGCCCCUCGUUCGCUCGAGCUACAAAGCCGGUGAGGCCUUCAUCGAGAAUGUGCUCAAGAAGCGGGCGGCCAAGCGCAGUGAGGUUGUUGGGGCCGCAGCUGUCAACGGGGAGGUCAAGGUCGUGUAG